AUGGCAGCCCCUCUGGGACGAGUAUCUCAGCCUGUCUUCAUGGCAAUGCAGUGGAUAUUCACGGCCACCAGCUUCCUCUUCCUCCUCUUCCGCCUAACUGUGCGCUUCACAACGAGUCGCCACUUCCAAUUCCACCUCGAUGACUUUCUCGUCCUGCUCGCAUGGAGUUUCCAUCUCGCAACGAGCAUAAUUUGGCAGGUCAAGUCGGGCACCAUGUACCUCCUCUUCGACGUCAUUAACGGGAAAGCGGCUUGGACACCCGAUCUUGCGGAUCGGUUUACGAGUCUGUUCCACUACCGCGGCGCAAUCAAUAUCCUUUUCUUUUUAGGCCUCUGGUGCAUCAAGCUGUCGUUUUUGGUCUUCUUCUACGGACUGGGCUCGAAGAUAAAGAGCCAUCGCAUCUGGUGGUAUGUCGUGGCGGCUCUCACCGUGGCCCUAGGCGCCCUUGUGCUGGCGGAUGGAUCCUACCAGUGUUUGUUUGCUGAGUGGGAAUUCAUUAGAACGGAGUGCAUCAACGCGCAUUACACCGGAAGGUCCAGCUGGGCCUACUACACAAACGGCGCCGCAGACGUGCUCACCGAUCUCCUCAUCCUCUCCAUCCCAUCCCUAAUCAUCUGGCGCACGCGCAUCGAGGUGCGGAAGAAACUCGUCCUGACGGCCGUCUUCUCAGCCACCGUCUUCGUCAUCGCCGUCGCCAUCGCCCGCGUCACCACCGGCAACCCCGUACACCAGUUCGACCGCUUCUCCUGGGGAUACCUAUGGUGCUCGGUGGAGGGGGGCACCGCAAUUAUCAUCGCUUGCACGGCCGCCUUCCGCCAGCUGUUCAUCUGCUCGCAUAAUCAGCAUCUUUACGGGGGGUUGGCGUCGCCGGCACCGACAUCGGGGCCCGCCGCGAUGCGGUGCGCGUUGCGAUGGCCGAAGCCGAACCCUGCUUGUGGAUGGGGGCGCCGGCCUGGGCGGCUAUGUGGGAGUAGGGGGAGGCGCGUUGCUGGACCGGGUCUGGGAGCGGGAUCGCCGAAGGCUGAUGGGAACCGAUUGGAUGAGUCUUCUGAUCGGUCUUUGGGGCUUGGGCCUGUGGUUGGGGUUGAGAUGGGGGAAGGCGUGCGUGAGCGAGAGGAGGUCUGA